CGCGCUGGAAAGCGUACGCACGCGCCGCGCUCACUCGACGUCACGUCGCGUCCGAUAGAGGAAGAGGGCGCGCACCCAAACGAUGCAUGAGUUGCCGCGCGUCCCUGCGCGUUUCGUCGCGGCGAAGCAGUGUUGCUAGAUUGCCAUGUUCAAGACAGCCUAGCCUUCGCUUAACGGCCUUGUUAAGCAAUGUAUUAAAGAUGGCAAUAAAACACACUAAGUUCUGACUUAACAUGUAUCUAUAUAUUUUAAAAAGGUAUUUCAGGACUUCUAAUGGUUCAGUCAGCUUAACUAAUACGAGUAUUGUGAACCUGGCUGAACCUGCAGCAGUAUCGGCGGUAUCGGCAUAGCAUCACUGGUGUGCUACGCAUGCGGCGUCAGGUGUCGAACAGCGCUGCAAGCUUUCGUCCUCUGGUCCUUGUGCUUCAUUGAAUGUUAAAUAAUGAGACCACUGUCCAGGAGGAAGAAAGUUUUGCUUACCAUGAAAAUGAUGAUGUUGCUGCCAAUGUUGAAGAGAAGGCGACGUCAGUACCAGCGGCAACCGCGACGAUGGUGGGUGCGGCCCGUGUUUGCAGCACGCAAGCAAGAAGGACUUUACUAUACAGCAAUGCGCCGUAUGCGUGAAGGCGACCACGGCUUCUUCUUCAAGUUUUACCGUAUGACGCCUCAGAUGUUUGACACAUUGUUGGCAUUUGUUGUAACGGACCUCACUUCUCAGAACUUCAUAAGGGAACCCUUGGAGCCUGCUGAACGGCUGGCAAUAGCAUUGAGGUACCUGGCAUCAGGCCAAGAUAUCUGUCAGGUUGCGCUUGCAUAUCGCGUUGGCAUUGAAACUGCACGAAUGUGCAUACAUGUCACAUGUCGAUCCCUCUGGGCACGACUGAAGGAUCACUAUAUGAAGGCACCCAGCAGAGCUGAGUGGGAGGAGAUAGCCCAAGGCUUUUCCAUGCGCUGGCAGUUCCCCAACUGCCUAGGUGCCGUGGACGGCUAACAUGUCGCCAUUGUUUG